AUGACGUGCAAACUGGCGGCUACUCUGUGCGCUGCCCUCCUGCUGUGGGCAGUUGUGUGCAAAGCUGUAUCUCCAACAGAGCCCAGCAAGGAAUUCCGCUGUCAGUGCACUAUGUUCUAUGCCGUACCUAUCAAUCCCAAGAUCAUCUCAGAGCUGAGACUGAUUGAGAGGGGACCACAGUGUAACAGUACAGAAAUGCUUGUGAAGCUUGUUGAUGAACGACAGUUCUGCCUGAACCCCAUGAAAAAGUGGGUUCAGCAUCUUGUGUACUCGUACUUGAAGGGAUGCACUAAUCUCGGGAAGAUCCGUUUAAUCAGUGUUUUGGCUGUUUUCUCCGGACUGCCCCUCCCAGAGCUGGCAACCUCCCAGGCACCCAUUAAGCCCUGCGAGCACCCUUACCAUGACCUGUCUGCAAGGAGUUGA